AUGAGCCUCGACGACUGGGUCUCGCGCGACACCGUCGAUCCUGAGGUUCGCGCGCAUGUCUACAGUCUUGUCUCAGCAGUUGGUGGCUCCAGUAUCGAGUUUGAGGGUCGCUACGUGCUUGGAGACGAUGCGCUUGCCUGUUUGAAAGAUAUCCGCCGAUGGCUGCGACUAUACGACCAGCGAUUGAAUCGACAUGAUGUGGCGAGAUGCUUGGCUGAGGCAGAUGUGGUCAAGGGAGACCUUUGCGAAAUUCUGGCGCUUUGGACCGAGGAGCGGAUGAAUGACACUCUCAAGCGCAAGGCUGCUCUGGCCGCGAUGGAGGUGCUGGUCCCAAUUACCUGGCCUCUGCAGCUCGAUCAGGACGAAGCGACUGUCAAUCACCAUCGACACAUCCCCUACCUCCAGCUCGCGCAAACCAAGUACAAGAGAGUGAUAAUGCAACACCAUGCCAAAACUCUUCGCACUGCCGUACGAUUAGCUCUCCCUUCCAUGGCAGAGCCCCGACGCGAGAGAAGCAAUCGUGACAAUGGCAUCAUCUCGAUCGUGCUCUACUUUUUUCGGAAUAUUGCCCUCAUCACACACCCUCCAAACCUUCCCGAAGACGAUAAUCAGGCGGAGAUUUCUCGAUCGGCUACAAUCGAUGCAUUCCACUAUCAGGAUAUCUUCCAGGUGUUGCUGACAGUGGCCUCCAGCAUUGGAGACGAAUUCGUCGAUCAAGAUGUCAUUGUGCUGGAAAUUCUGUUCCAUCUACUGAAAGGCGUCGACGUCGAGAAGCUAUUCAUGGAGGAGGAGAAGCUGGCCAGCUCCAACACCAACGAUUUGAGGGAACUCAUUCAGAAGGAAAAGGCCAUGCUUGCAAGUUACGCAAAACAUGCACCAACCAGACACAAUCGCUUUGGAACUAUGAUUUGGGUCAAGAGGGAUGACGAAAAAGUCUCCACGGUUUCAGGGCAGGAUGUGCUUGCGAGCAAUGAGAGGAGCCUGCAGAAGAUGGACAAGACGAAAAAAUGGAACAAACCCAAGCACACCGGAAAGAAGAAGAACAGCGAUCUUUCGUUCGAUGAAUUCGACAAAAAGGUCCCCCUUGACAAGUCCGCGCGGAAACACCUUAAGACUUUCGUCGAAGAGUUCCUGGAUUCAUCCUUCAACCCCUUGUUCACCCACCUGAGGAAAGCCAUCGAGAAUGAAGCUGACCGCGUGCUUAUGGAAACUCAUCCGAGACAAUUCUGCUACCUAAUCUCAUGGUUCCUGAAGGCCGAGUGUGCGCGCCGCGCGAAGGCCAAAAAGGCUGCUCAGAAGACGGGCUCCACUACGGCCACUCCAGAAGAUGAAAGCUUCGCUUUGAUUGCCUCGGUGAUGAACCAAGAGACUUUCAUUCUCUUAAACAGAUUCAUGCAGCUCGGUCUGGAUAGCAAGUCAUGGCAAGAUUUGAAUGCAGCUAUGAAAUGCUUCACGCAAAUCCUCCAGACAGUCCAGGAAAUGUCAGAAUCUGCCUUGGAAGACGACCAGGAAAUCGCCGAAAACAUUCAAAACCGUAUUUUCUACGAAGAGACGACUCAUGAUCGUAUGGUCACGUUACUGCGGAGCUACAAGGAUCAAGGACUGGGAUACUUGGAUGCUUGCACUGAGUUAGCACAUGUCUUCAUACGAAUGCUCGAGCGCUAUUCCAAGCAAAAUGUUGAUCUCCAGGUUCGAAGCCGUAGGCGAGCGCGCAAGAAGGCCAAGGCAGUUGCACAAGCCAACGGUGACGGGGAGAUCGAGGAUCAAGGUGAUGGAGAAGAUGAUGUCGUUGCGGCUCAUCGAGCGACUUCUGAGAGGAAGUUCGACUUUGCUCGGUUUCAAGCCCGUUUCACCACUCAGGGCUGUAUCGAUACUUUUGUGGCCUUCACUCGAUAUUACAACGACCUCAAUGUCGAACAGCUGAAACGCGCCCAUCGCUUCUUUUACCGUGUCGCCUUCAAACUGGAGAUGGGAAUUAUGCUGUACCGCGUCGACAUCAUCUCUCUUUUCAAUAAGAUAAUCAAAGGCCCGGAGGGUCUUGAUAAAUCUUUGCCCAUCUUCAAAGAGUGGGAAGAACUUGUGAAACAGAUCUUCCGCCGUUGCAUCAAAAAAGUUCAGGAGCGACCAGAACUUGUUGUCGAGAUGCUUUUCAGCAAGAUCCCGGCAACUACCUAUUAUCUCGAGCAUGGCCACGACAAGGAAGUCACGACGAGAAUACCAAGGCCGCCGGCUGAACUUGAGGUGAAGGGAGACUUAGACAAGAACGGUCAAAUCGGAGUCGCCGUGUCUCUUCUCAUCAAUCAGAACAAGUCAGACCAUUUGGCGUGGGUCAAGAAAACUCUGUCAUCUGCAGCUGAAGAGCGUAGUGCAUGGGAGCAAGAGCAAGCAGCGCGCAAAGCUUCGACGGAGUCUUCUGGGGACCAGGUUGCCCCUUCGAUAGAGGAAGAUACUGCGCCAUCAAUUACCGUGAAACCAGAUAACGAGGAACGCCGCAUUGCCUUGUUCAAAGACAACAAGCUGCGCUUACUCCUCAAGACUGUUGGGUUCAUGAGAUUGGGUCUUGAUGAAGAUCAGGAUGCUAACUGGAUCAUUCCUCCCUCCCUCAGCUCUGACGAACUUCGAGAAAGUGAACAAGCCAUUCAACAAACGGAGUGGGAGCCACCAAGCUUUGGCGAAGACAAGUCAGCCGAAGACAUGAUCCGUACAAAGCGACAACGCGUUGCCCUCCGUGGCGAUACUGACGACGAAGAUGACGGUCCUGACGCUCUGGAUGAUGAAGAGCUGUUUCCAGCAGGCGGCCCAACCGCUCGCCGAUCCGACGCUUUGGAAGAGCUUAAAAAGAAGAGGACUCGGAGAAAGAGGACAGCUAGCGAAGAGCCAGAUGACGAAGAAAAGGAAAGGAAGAGGGAAGCACGUCGUCAAAAGGAAUUGGAGAAGAGACAGAAGAUAAAGAGCGCUCUGUUUGUUCAUUCGUCAGAUGAGGACACGGAUGAAGAAGCAGACAGAGAAUUUUUCGCUGCUGAGGAGGAGAGGAGGAAGAAGACGGCAGGGAAAAUCACCAGGGCCCUCAUCAGCGCUCAGAUUCAGGACACGGCAAGCAAGAAGAGGAAGUCUACGGCAGCAAGCAAAAAGAGCAGGAAGAAGCGGAAGGGAUCUGAAUCUGACAGUGAAGGAACUCAUACCGGCCUGGGCAGCCGUUCCUCGUCGGAGGAACCCGUCAGCCGGCUAAGAAUCGUUAGCGAUGACGAGGAAGAGGAAGCUGUUGAUACACCCCUGUCAUCUCAGCAUGGCUCGAAGGAUACUGCCAAGGAACAGCCUACAGAGGCGUCGGCCAGUGCAGCAAAGACCACGCAGGAUGUCGAGAUGCAGGAGGCCGAUGACGAUGAUGAGGACGAGGACGUUCCAGCCCGUAAGCCCGUGCGGAGGAACAACGUUCGCGCAGGUUUCUUGAUUGACAGCGACUCUGAAUAG